CAAAAAAAAAAAAAAAAAAAAUCUCUUCCAUUCCGAAACCCACAGGCUGACAGCUCUCGGCAGGGAAACGUGAACCUCAGCAGGGCAUUAGUGCGUUAUGGCUACUGGAGACUCAAAUUCAAGAAAAGAUAUUGCAUGGAAGUAUGCGUAUCUAGCUGAUCCAAACAAAAAAAAUGAUCUGACUUGCAAUUUUUGUGCUAAAGUUGCAAAAGGAGGGGCUUAUAGACUUAAGCAACACUUGGCUGGAGGUUUUACAGCUAUUUCUAGUUGUCAAAAUUGCCCUCAACCUGUGAAGGAAGAAGUUCGACGAUAUAUGUUGAAAAAAAAAAGGGAGGGCAAAAAGCCAAAGGAGAAUGAUGCUUACAGCGAAGAGUUGAGAGAAAAGGCUUGUGUUGAUAUAGCAAGGUGGCUGUAUGAAGCAGGAAUUCCAUUAAAUGCUGUUAAUUAUGAUAGUUUCAAAGUUGCAAUUCAAUUCAUUGGACGAUAUGGAAUUGGUACGAAGCCCCCAAGUUACGAUGAAGUGAGAGUUCAUAGUACUGAGAUACUUGGCACAUCAAUUCUGGAUGCAGGAGAGAGAUCUGUUAAGCCAGAUAAGCUGACAGAGCAACCACUUUCACCCAAAGAUGCAAGGACUGUUUCAGCGAAUCCUUCUCCGGAUGCAGUCAUUGAAGGGCCGUCAAGGGAUGUCACCAAACAACAAGAAUCUACAGAAGCAGUUAAUUUCCAUCCACUCAAUGCCAAUGUUUCUCACGAGCAAAAUGUAUCAUAUGGUGGUAAUGCUAAUAACAACGGUAUUUCGGAUGGCCAUUCUCAGCAUGCUAUUACUGGAGCCAUACAUGUUGAGUCACAGGUCAUCUGCAAUGGUAACCCAUCUGCUGUAUUUAAUUCCUUUAAUCACUUCAAUCCUCAAAUGGUAUAUGGACAAUAUUCUUCAGUUGCUACACCACUGCCGCCUUUAACUAAUGCUGAUAACACUGGUAUUUGGGAUGGCCAUUCUCAGCAUGAUGAGGAAAAUGAUGAGGGCUACAAAACUUGUGAUGAUGGUCCCUUGCUUGAUGAUGAUGGUAAUGCUAAUAACACUGGUAUUUGGGAUGGCCAUUCUCAGCAUGCAAUUACUGAAGCCAUGCAUGUUGAAUCACAGGUCAUCUGCAAUGGUAACCCAUCUGCUGUAUUUAAUUCCUUUAAUCACUUCAAUCCUCAAAUGGUAUAUGGACAAUAUUCUUCAGUUGCUACACCACUGCCGCCUUUGACUAAUGCUAAUAACACUGGUAUUUGGGAUGGCCAUUCUCAGCAUGAUGAGGAAAAUGAUGAGGGCUACAAAACUUGUGAUGAUGGUCCCUUGCUUGAUGAUGAUGGUAAUGCUAAUAACACUGGUAUUUGGGAUGGCCAUUCUCAGCAUGCAAUUACUGAAGCCAUGCAUGUUGAAUCACAGGUCAUCUGCAAUGGUAACCCAUCUGCUGUAUUUAAUUCCUUUAAUCACUUCAAUCCUCAAAUGGUAUAUGGACAAUAUUCUUCAGUUGCUACACCACUGCCACCUUUGACUAAUGCUAAUAACACUGGUAUUUGGGAUGGCCAUUCUCAGCAUGAUGAGGAAAAUGAUGAGGGCUACAAAACUUGUGAUGAUGGUCCCUUGCUUGAUGAUGAUGGUGAUUAUGUAAUGCUAAUAACACUGGUAUUUGGGAUGGCCAUUCUCAGCAUGCAAUUACUGAAGCCAUGCAUGUUGAAUCACAGGUCAUCUACAAUGAUAACCCAUCUGCUGUAUUUCAUUCCUGUUAUGACUUCAAUCCUCAAAUGGUAUAUGAACAAUAUUCUUCAGUUGCUACACCACUGCCAACUUUGUUAUGAUUCAGACGACCUCAGCAGACCACUAGGAAAGUCAUUUUGUUAUGAUUCAGACGACCUCAGCAGGCCACUAGAAAAUUAUCGUUGCAUCCAUCCUUUAUAAAACCACAGCAGACCAGCAUGUGCGUGUAAGAGGACUUCGACUCUCCAUGUGAAUUUGAAAUUAAAUAUUAUGAAAAAUAAGUAUUAUUAGGAGCAGUUUAGGAGUUUAAAUAAAUUAGUUGUUUAUUAAGCCAUCCCUAUUAUGUAAGAGGAGAUAAGUGUAGAUUGGUUGUUAUCAGCAGUUGUUUUGUAAUUGUAAUUUGAAUUU